GAAGUGUAAAAAUAUGGAGUCUCUAUUGACCAGUUUUAAUUGUGAGUAGUGAGGACGCUUUUGAAUGGUUUAUUGAGAAUUAGAAGGUUUAUAAUAGUUUUGGAAUUGUUUGAUGAGUGGGUGAACGUGGAUAUUGGACCUGAUUCUUAUACUUGUUCGGCUGGAUUGCAGCUUUUUAAUGAAAUGAUUGAAUUGGCUAGUAGAUGGGUUAAGAAAGCAAGGAAAGGUUGAUGAUGCUUAUAAUUUGGUUGUUCAGAAGGGGAAGGUUUGAUAGAAUGAUAGAGGCUGGCAUAGCAGAAACUGUAUAUGCAUACAACUCCAUGAUAAAUGGCCAAUGCAUGUUUGGUCAUUUGAGUGCCGCCGAGUCUUUGUUCGCUCGGAUGAUCAAUAAAGGUUUGAAGCCUACUGUGACAACCUUUACGCCGUUGAUUAGUACAUAUUGCAAAGAUCUACAACUACGAAAAGCAUUCCAACUGUAUGCCCCAAAUGUGUAUACCUUCACUGCGCUUAUUUCUGGGUUUUGCAGUGCAAAUAAUAUGGCUGAAGCAUCCAAACUUUUUGUUGAAAUGGUGGAAAAGAAAAUCACCCCAAAUGAGGUAACAUAUAAUGUUAUGAUUGAAGGGUAUUGUAGGAGUGGUAAAAUUGACAAGGCGUUUGAAUUACUUGAUGAGAUGCUUCAGAAAGGCCCUGUUCCGGACACAUAUACCUACAGACCUCUUAUCAGUGGCCUUUGUUCUGCUGGCAGGGUUUCAGAUGCUAAAAAUUUUGUUGAUGUUCUACACAAACAGGACCGUAAAUUAAACGAGAUGUGCUAUAGCGCACUUCUACAUGGUUAUUGCCGGGAAGGUAGAUUGGUGGAGGCGUUGAGUGCUGCUUCUGAGAUGAUUCAAAGAGGAAUCAAUUUAGAUUUGGUUUGCCAUGCUGUUCUCAUCCACGGUUCACUGAAGCAACUAGAUAGGAAAACACUAUUUGGUCUCUUAAAACAGAUGCAGGAUCAUGGUUUGAAACCUGAUAAUGUAAUAUAUACAAGUAUGAUCAUGUAAUAUAUACUAGAGAUAAGCUGGCCCUUCAAGGGUAUGUUAUUUAAUU